AUGCUGAGAUUUGUGUACCACGCAAAUAUUGGCAAUGGUAAAUUAGAAUUGGAGUUCAAAAAACCCAAUAAACUAUUGCUAAUAGAAUCACUGGACAUCAACUGUUUGGACGAUAUAAUUCGAAUUAUGGCUGAUGAGAGAAAAAUCAUGGUCAAUGAAUUACGGGAGCGCAUUAUUAAUCGUUUUGAUCCAACAGCUGUCCAGUGUAUAGCUCUUGACAGUUUUGAUAAGCGUAUAUUAAACAUGACUCAUUUGACUUCACUUCGGCUGGAAAACUGUGAUUUACCAACGAUUCCUGUAGAAAUUGGCCGUUUACCGAUAGAAGUGCUAAGCAUACGCGGUAGUAAACUACCUACCAAUCAAGAUACCUUCUGGAAUUGGAUAUCAAUGACAUCAAUUUGCAAUACAUUAAAAUCCUUAAAUUUAGAUUCUACUGGCCUCAAAAGAUUGCCAUUUGAAAUUAUGUUCCUGAAAAAUCUAUAUUCGUUAUCUGCAAGAUAUAAUGAACUGACAUAUAUACCUCACUGUCUUCUAGAACUUGAGAAAGUAUACUUCAAUCUAGAACACAAUGCAUUAGUAUAUGUUCCUCAAAAUCUUUUUUUUGGAAAAAAUCUUGGAUGGAAUUUAUUAGAUAACCCAAUGGUCAUAACGAAAUGCCAAAAAAAAUCGUACAUACGUCGUUAUUUGGAUGUGUUGAACAAAGAAAAUAAUGAAGAUUAUUCAAAAAUUACCGUUCAACCACUAACAAAUUUGUCAUUGUACAAUUUUAUGGAUAAUUUUAAUAUACCAUUCAAGAGACAAGAUAUACCUCGUACACUGUGGGUAUACUUAAAUUUAGUGGGUCGUUGUAUUGUGUGUAAUAGAUGGAUAUUACCCGAUUACUCUAAAAUAAAGUAUACACAUAGCAAAGAUGAGAUACCUUUCUCCGAAUUUUCCAUAGGUUAUCUAAUGCAAUCAAUGUCUUGUAGUAUUCCAAAUAAUUGUAAAAUACCAAGUGAAAACUAG